AUGAAUAUUUGCAACGCAAUUGAUGGUGUGAAUGGAUCGUCCAAAACAUGUAACGAGAAGGCAGAAGUUAGGAUGAUUUUGAACGUGAAAAAAGGCACAAAAGCGAGCCUUAAAGAAAAUUAUGCCAUAGAAAAUAGCCAAAAGAAAAUAUCUAAAGGAAUACAUUUGAACAGCACCUCGAAAGAGAUGCUAAGAAAUAAGAUAUUCAAUUUCCGUCAUAAAUCUUUUAAAAAGAAAAUAAAAAAAUUAAAGAAAAAACAUCAACAUGUUUUAGUCUCAAAUAAAAACAAUGACGAACAUGUUCUCAUCUCAAACAAAAACAAUGACGAGCAUGUUCUCAUCUCAAACAAAAACAAUGACGAACAUGUUCUCGUCUCAAACAAAAACAAUGACGAACAUGUUCUCAUCUCAAACAAAAACAAUGACGAGCAUGUUCUCAUCUCAAACAAAAACAAUGACGAACAUGUUCUCGUAUCAAACAAAAACAAUGACGAACAUGUUCUCGUCUCAAACAAAAACAACGAUGAAAAUGUAUACAACCAUUUGCACUUACAUCACAAUCGUCACAAUAACGCUUCUGACGAAAAGGAAAAUUUAAUUAGUUUAAAGAAUAUCAAUAUUAAGAAACACAUAUGCCCAAAGUGGCAAGAAGAUGGUCUAAACAGAAUAAACUUAGCAAUCAUUAAUGAAGAAAAAGGAAAUGCUAAUUUUCAAAAAAAUGAAGAAAAUUUUAUUAACGAUUCCUGGUCAUAUCACAAUUGCAGUGAUAAUACAUGCCCAAGUAAUCUUAGUAAUCACAGCCUUAAUGAUUUUAGACAAAUCAGUGAGGAAUAUGACGACAUAUAUAGUAACGGUGCUGAUAGCCCUGUUGGUGAUGCUAAAAAUAAAGUGUCUUCCCAUUCUAUGAACGAGAAUGAAAAAUCAUUUGCACAAAAACAUGACGAUAUGUCAAUUGAAUAUUUUUCACAACACAAUGUGCAAAAAGGAGAUGAGUCUAACAACGCAUGCAGGGAAAAACUUCCUAUAAAUAUAAAUAAUGAAAUUGCAAAUUCUGAAAUAAAACAUAGUGUGCCAUUUGCAUAUGUUAAUAGGGAUAAUUUUAUAGUAAAGGACACAUGUCAUCCCGAUAUAUCUACGAAGUAUUUUAGUCUCACAAAGGAUGAAAAGGAGGAUUGCAAAAUGGAUUUGUCUGAUAAGAAUUUUCUAAAUUAUAUAAAUAAUAGUGCUACUGGAGAGAGGUACAAAAAUAGAGAAAUGUUAAACACUGAUGAAGAAAGCAAAUUGUUAGUAACUAUUGGAGACGAAAUUGAUUUGAACAGAGGUAUGAACAUCUCAAGGAAUAUUCAUAUAAAUGGACAAAUGAAAGAGAAAGUAAAAACACACGUUGAUUAUAACACAGAGGAUUCCAAUGAAGUAACUCAGGUCAUUGUAAGCGAGAAAAUAUUCAAAACUGGUCAUGAUGAAGUGAGAGAAGCUAACUACUCACCAUGUGGCACUGUGGCUGACGAACAAGAUAUAGAUGAUUUAAACGCUGUUGCUAAUAUUGGUACUAACAAUGUGAAUCAGGACACAUGUCGAGGAGGAAGGGGACAUGGGAAAAACAUCCUAAUCGAAAUACGUAAAAAUGGAGAUAAAAGUGGUGAUGACGAAAUUGGUAAAGAUGGAGAUAGAAGUAGUGAUGACGAAAUUGGUAAAGAUGGAGAUAGAAGCGGUGAUGACGAAAUUGGUAAAGAUGGAAAUGAUGCAGACGUGAAUGGGAAAGAUAAAAAUUACCAAAGCGAGGGCAAUCAAAGGAAGGCACGUGAAUGCUGUGGUCCCCAAGGGGAAGAAGAAAAGUGUUCCGUUACAAUUGAGGAACAAAAGUUCGACUUGAGGAACAUUCUAAGUUGCAACAUGGACACGUCAGAAGGGAAGGAAGAAGAAAUGGAAAAAUUAAAUUGCCUAAUAAGCUUCCGAGAUAAUGCAGAAAAAUAUCUACAAAGUUACAUAAACUCUUUCCUAAACGAUUUCAUUCUCAUGUCAUCAUAUUUGCCAUAUUUGCAUUAUUAUGACAAGGGUGUGUACGAAAAGAAGGAAAUGAAUUUUUUAAAAAUGUUAGCUCAUUUUAUGGAAUAUUUUAACACAAAUAAAAAAAUUAGUAGAAAAAUUCGAGAUUUUCAAAAUAAUUUUAUAAAUUCCCCAUUAAAGGAGAAAAUAAAAUAUAUUGAUAAAUUUCCAUUUUUGAAAUUGUCCGAAAUAUGUACAGACAAACUCAAAUUUCAAUUUCUUAAAUUAUUAAAAAAAUAUUCAGAAAAAAAAAAAAAAAAAAAAAAACAAAUUUAUUACAAGUUGCACAUAUAUGACAAAUUUGUUAAUCAAAUUUUUAAAUUAAAAGAAAAAUGGGUUGAAAACAAUUUUCUCCAAAUUAGAUUAAAUGAUAUAUACCCACUCGUAGGGGAAAAAGAACAGGGAGCAGAAGAAAAGGAGGACAAGGAGGAGAACGACGAGAAUGACGAGGUGGACGACGGAAAAAUAUCACGUAAAAAUAUAUAUCUAAAGGAGUACACAAAAGAAGGAAAUUAUUUUUCCCCAAAUGGGAAAGGACAAAAUUACUACCAAAUUGAUAAAAAAUGGAAUAAUAAUAUUUUGUGUGAACAAAUGUUAACUCCUUUUUUUGAUGAAAAGAAUAUUUCUAAUCGUGACUUUAUUAUGACAAUGGCGUUGCAUUCGUUUGAUAAAGGCAGAAGGAAAUUUAUACAAUUAAAUGAAGUGAAAAAAUCUGAUAAUUUAAGCUACUAUUGUAAUGCACAAAACAGACAUUUCAUACAGAAGUAUUUAUAUCCAUUGGUAAGAAACAAACAAUUUAACAUACUCCAUUUGACUAAUGCAAAAUAUAAGGAAAAAAUUCACAUGAAGAGAAAGCGACAGGACAUCAAAUUGGGAGAUCGGAUAAUAAUAAACAAUAUCUCUUUUUAUAAAAAUAAAAUCAACAAAUUGUAUGCUUAUCUUCUGAUCUAUUCACUUAUGAGAGAAUCAGGGAACCUUGCCCAACCGCACAUACCAUGGAGUGUAGGUAGCGACACGAGCCCUGAUGACAAAACAGAUAUAAAAACAAACAUAAACAGUAAUGAGUGUGGGCCCCUUUUUGUCCCCAACUACGAACAGACAAAAAACGCCACUAAUGAAAGGGAUAAAAGUCACACAAGUGAAAAUACCCAUCUUAACAUCUUAAUCAAAAUUGCAAACAAAUUUAAUAAAAAUAUUUCCAAAAAAGGAAAUUUACAGGAAAAUAAAAUUAUACAUAAAUCAAAUAGGGAAAUGUUAGAAAAAGAUGUAGACAUUCUUAUAAGCAAUCUUUUAGUUUCAAACAAUUUUAUGCAAGACAGAGAAUAUAAUAGUGUAGCACCACUUCAUCAUAAAAAAAAGGAAGAUUCUCCAAUUGCAUCCACGACAUUGUCUAAUGACGUUAAGACAUUAACAAGUUGUCCCACCCAAUGGAAGAACAAAAAUGAGGAAUUGCAAAAGGAACAGAGCGAAUGUAUUGAAACAAAUACAAAAACACAUAUUCAAUACCAAACAACUAAAAUGAGUGAAUCUAACAACUUGACAUUUACAAAAUUGGAUGGAAUCGAUGAGAAACUACAACUCCAUAAGCCUUAUGAAGGUACUAAAAAGACCAAUGCACAUAUUCGCAAUGAUAUAAAUGUAGAUCAUCUCAGGGAAAAGGAAAAUUCUUAUGAAUCCAACGAUAAACUUCUCUCUUCAAAGGGAAAUAAAUCUAAAAACAAUAAAUUUCAAUUGUCACCUGACUUGCAAAUUUUAUAUAAUGCAUACAAUAACGGAGAACAUAUUAUAAUUUCUCGGGAUAAUGACAAUUUGUUGAAUAAUUUGGCCAAGUGCAGAAAAUUUAUCCGUCUCUCUAAGAGAUCAUUAUUUGAUUUUUAUGACAAUGUACAGAAUGGGAUCACUUCACAUGGGGUCACUUCCAAUUACAUGGAACAAGAUUUUCCUCACAUUAGCAAUCGAUCAAGUGCAAAUAAUUAUCAAAUAGGAAAUGUGAACUUCAUACCAAGUAAUCCGUACGAUAGAUCCGAGACCAGGAUACAUACCUCCAAUUAUAAUCCAGGUGGCAUGACCUACUAUAUGUGCGGCUCUAACAGUGUGCAUUAUGGGAGUAUGCAAUUUAUGCAAGAUGGGUUUUUUAUUCCACGAUGCGAAGAAAGUGAGAAUUUUAAUUCUGAAAAAGAUUGGCCAGAAGGAACAAAAGGAAAUCACAACAAUGGUCGUAAUGACAAUGUUUCCUCGAUUGAUAAGAAGGAAAAUAUGAACAAGUUUACAAACAUAUUAAAGAGUAUGGAUUAUGUAGAAAGCAAUAAUAUGAUGGUGAACAAUUCCAAUGGAGGAUUUACAAAAUGCAAGAAAUUGGGAAAUAUAAUGAUAAGCCCUGAUUAUUUAAUUGGUAAAGAAUAUAUGAACCAAUAUGAUAAAUUAGGAGCACUGAAUUAUUUUAAUAGCAUGAAUUAUAAUAUGCAGAAUUAUGCUAAAAUUAAUUUAAAAAAUGCAACCCAUUUUUGGAGUGCAGAUAACAACAGUAAUAACAUGAUUUUUCCAUCCCUUCCAAUGAGACAUCAACAAUUUAGUAAUUAUCAAAUUCAAUCAGACAAUUUUGUAAACAAUUCUAAUUAUUGUUUCAACAAUGUCUACAAUCAGAUGGAAAAUACUAAUAAUUCCGUGUUAUCCGAACAAAUGCAAAAAGAAAAUAGUACGUUAAAUAGUCCAAAUUUGUAUACCCAUUUUUCAAUGACCCAUAAUUACCCCAAAAAUUUUAUUGAUAAUUUUUCACAAAGUGCAAGAAAUAGCAAUAAAAACUACUAUCCUCAUUUGCACAACUUGAAUAAUUCACAACAAAACGAACAAAAUGUCAUUAGUAAUAUGCCCAAGGGGAUGAUUUACACAAAUGCAAAUAAAAAAAUAGAUCACACAUGUGUGAAAUCACCAAAUGGAACUAGGGGGCGUAACAACAAUUUUGAGCAUCCUUAUGAAGGUGAAAUUUCUGGUUCUGCUAAUUUAACAAAUAAGGACCCAAAUGUAAGAAGUUGGUUGAUGAAGAAGUAUAAUAAUCAUAAUAGUGAUCAUAAUAGUGAUCAUAAUAGGGAUCAUAAUAGGGAUCAUAAUAGGGAUCAUAAUAGUGAUCCUAAUAGUGAUCAUAAUAAUAAUCACACUAUGCAAGUGACUAACCCAUAUGUGAGAAAUAAAGACAACACUGUUCCUGGUGACAAUAUAAAGAGUUUCAAAUGUGAAAAUAAAAAUAUCGACAUCUGUCAGGAUGCCAAUGAAUUGAAUUGGCUUAAUAGUAACAAUGGAAAUUGUAAAAAUGGCAAUGAUCCCAUUGACACCAUUGCGAACGGUUCUUAUGAUGAUGAUGAUGAAUUUAGUUAUGGUAAUCAUAGGAGAGGAAUAAAUGAACAAAUGGAUGAAGAAAAUAAAAAUGCGUAUAACGUGAACUCAUGUAAAAACAGUCCAAAAUUAAAUGCAGACAAUUUAAACUAUGGACAAAAAGGAAGUAUGAAGGAGGAAACCCUGACACAAAAUAAGUGCAAUUUGAAGCAAAAAAAUAUAAAAAUUAUUACUACAGAUAAAAAUGAAUGUCAAAAUGGUAGAAAUAAUGUCGAAAAGAACUCCUCCAUGACAGAAAAUAAUAGCCGUUUACUAAACAGUGUUCUAGAAAAAGACCAAUUAUCUGACGAUGCUCAGAAUGGUCAUAACAAAGAUGAAACGGGAAAUAAUUGCGAUCCAACAGAAAAUCUAAAUUUGCAUAAGAUUACAUAUACAGACAGUUCUUUUAGAGAGACCUACAAAGACUGUAGUACGCUCAGCUAUAACAGUAGUGCAAAUGUUCACAAAGGAAAAAAUAUAAAUAUUGAAACAUGCAAUGAUGAAAGCAAUAAUGACAAUAGAACGAAAAAGAGCAACGGCUCUCUUCACAAUCCAAAUAAAAUUUCGAUAGAUCACCCAAGUAGCCAAGUUACCCCUGUGCAGCAAAACAAACUCACACAAAGAAAUAACAAAAUAGAUAAAGGAACAACGGUUGUGGGGAAUGUGCUCUGUAGCAAUGAUGAAUAUGUAAAUAACGUAAAUGUACAUUACCUCAAUAACCAUUCAAUCAAUAUGAAUCAUGUUCUAAACAUGAAUAUCUUAAAUAAUCACCCCGCUAGUAAUGAUUUUAAUAUUAAGAUUCACUCUGGAAAUAAUACCUGUAGUAGAAUUUUUUCCACCUUGGACAUACGACAUCCCCUCCAAAAUUUUAACACACCUUGUUCAUAUAGGAGCGCUAAUACUGCAUCUGAUGUGAAUUACAUUGGGAAAUCAAUGAAUUUUAAUGACACCAAUUCAGGGUUUUACAUGGACGAGCGGGGCAUCCCAGGGGAAAGCGGCCAAGGCAACAUUGGAAAAGGUGCAAAUUGUGGAAAUGAUGGAAAUGUUGGAAGUGUUGACAAUAAUAACAGCAUUGAUAACGUGGAUCCCCAGAAAAGGCAUAACGGAAUCAAGGGCCCCGGAGUCGAAGGGAGUGUUUCACUACCACAUGCUAAUGCAGACAAAUCGGACAAAAUAAAUAAUGAUGAGUUUACAACAGACAAUACUAAAAAUGGAAAUAAAUGCAAAAAUAGCGAAGCGAUGAACAAUCCCUUGAGUCAGACAAAUAUAUACCUGCACCCGUGGGAGCAAUAUCAAUUGAACGAUAACGAUAGAAAUGUGACACAGGUAUAUAACUCCUUCAAUAUAAAUAGAAUAAUACCAGGUGCAUACAAUAAUAGCACAAAUAGUGAUAUGAAAAGUUACAUAAAUCCAGAAAUAACAAAUAAUAUAUAUAAUUAUAAUAUGAAUAAAAAUGGCAAUAUAGAAUUAUCAAAUGAAUUUAUUAACAUGGUACAUUCUCCGAAUGAUUUAACAGACCCAUUCGGAUAUUCAUAUAAUUAUAACACUAAUAAUUAUUAUGUAAAUGACCUAAAUUUUAUGAAUUUAGAAAAUGGAAGAAGCGAUGGAAAUGUUAAUAAUAAUGUGAACACUGCUAAUUAUAAUAAUGUGAACACUGCUAAUUAUAAUAAUGUGAACACUGCUAAUUAUAGUAAUGUCGACUCUGCAAAUUAUAGUAAUGUGAACACUGCUAAUUAUGGUAAUGUCGACUCUGCAAAUUAUAGUAAUGUGAACAUUGCAAAUUAUAAUAAUAUGAACACUCUAAAUUAUAGCAAUGUCGACCCUGUAAAUUAUAAUAAUCUGCUUAGUGAUUCUUACGAGGUGGGGGGUGAUUAUUGCACUAAUGCUUCUUUUCUAUUAUCGAGUAAUUUAAAAAAAAAAGAGAAAAUUCAAAAGGAGAAAAAAAAUACAAAUAUUAACAAGUGUCAUCAAUCAUUUAAUUUAAAUACCAAUAAGAAAAAAAGAAUAGGAAAUAAUGGGCCUCCCACUGCUGAAAAAUUAAGUGAAUUGUUAUAUGAACAAAAUUUAUCCGUCCCACAAAUAGCAGCAAUAUAUGGUGUUCAUAGAACUACUGUGGCAAGGUGGUGUCACAACAGAAAAAUUAUUCAAAAAUCAAGCAACUAUCAGGGAAAGAAAAAAACAUCUCCAAAGGUCAACAACGUAUAUAUCUAG